AUGUCGAGGCACUCAGCUUUUCCAGCAAGCCUCUAUCGAUUUCAGAUACACCGCGACUCGAGGCUUUAUGACAGAGCUUCUAAACGAGAUGACUGGCAAUAUGAGGAUGGAAUAGAGGUUAAUGCGGACGGCUUGGUACACCCAAAUAUAACUGCAGAUUGUAUGCCAAUGCCACUUCAUGUGCUUUACCUGCUAACCUAUUUAGUUUCGAAUGGCGCAUUAUUCAUGCCAAAUACGCACUACAUGCAAGAGGUCACACGGAUAUCGAACGAUCAUUACUUGGAAGACGUAGAAAGUGGUGAUCCCGCCGCCGAAGCUCAUUAUUUGUGCAUGCCUCAAGGUACCGCUAUUCCAAAGUCGUUGAUUCUUUUCCGUGAGCGUACUUCUCGCUUCUCUCUACAACCUGCGCAUCCCAUAUCACUUGAUGACCUCAACAAAAUCCUAACUCAUUUUUAUCUCGAAUUUGGGCGCACGUUCAAUCCAGACGCUUGGCUUGAGAUGAACUACCAUGAGGCAUUUGUUGAUGACCAAGAGGAGUGGAUGCGCCACUAA